ACACGCGCGCGCCAGUAUCUCAUUAUUUUUCUUGUUCAUGUCAGACAGAUUCAGACUGUCUGGUAUAAAUUAUGUGAUACUUAAAGACCAGUGGUUCCGAGUGAGUGGGUGUGAGAGAGAGAGGGCUCGGUCCUGAUCCGGAUCCGGUCCAGUCAUCGGUGGUUCCGGUCCAGGACUUGGCGGCGCCCGGUCCUGCUGAGGGAAAUGCUAGGCUAGUUAUAAACUCAAAUCACGAACCGUUAUCUUUCCGUGUUUUUAACGCAGUAGUUGAUGUUUUCCGUCGUCACGGCGGUGCAUUUUAUUCGUUCCUGCACAAAACGUAAGUAAGGAAACUUGUGUUGGAUCGGACUGACCCUCCCGCUGCCCGGACCCGCCGCUGCCACCAAUCUGUGCUAAGCUAGCUGUUAGCCGUUAGCCUUUAGCCUCAGCCAAAAUGGCGGACAACGAGGAUGACAGCGGUUUGUCCAGAACAAUAACAGCCGCCGCCGGAGCGGAACCGAGUCUCGCUGCCUCCGGGCCGCCGGCGACCCCGGAGCCCCGGCCGCCGGCACACAGCAGCCAGACGGCCGAGAAAACGGCGGCGGCGCCCGCGACUUCGCUUCAGGAGUUCCUGCAGCCCUGUCCGGGGAAAGCAGAGCCGGAGUGCCGGCUGCCGGAGGCCGAGGAGCAGAGCAUCCUGAUCGGCGCAGAGUUCACCGGCCUCGGCCCCGAGCUGGUCAACAGCGACCUGGCCAACACAACCAUCAUCUACGUGCAGCCAGACGGCAGCCUGGUGCAGGGCUCCGGGCUGACGGCGGAGGAGCAGCAGGCUCUGCUGGAGCAGCUCACCAAGCAGCAGAUCGUCCAGGUGUCCGACUCCGAGGCGGCGCAGCUUCUCCAGCACAACCAGGUGCUCAAAACCAUCCCGGGAACCCAGCUGGUCCCCAACGCGGCCCUGGCACCCAACCAGCUGCAGCAGGUCAUCGACCAGGUCACCAAGUCCCACCAGCAGCAGCAGGUUCCCCCGCAGACCCCCGCAGCCCGGCCGACCGAGCAGCAAGUCCUAACCGUGGAGGCCGGAGGUUUGUUCACCGAGGUGUCGGCCAGCCCCACCGCCCAGAACAACGCCUCCCAGCAGCUGAAGAACGUCGCCAAGCAGGUCGCCAUGCAGGCCGGCACCGCGGUUCGAGUGGUGCCCAAGAAGGCAGAGCCAAUCAGGAUCCAACUGCAGGUCCCUCCCAAACAGGAAGUGAAGGCCGGUGCCACCAUCACGCUCCCUCAGCAAAAGAGUCUGGCUCUCAGUCAGCCGCAGGUCAAGGUGUCAACCAACGGCGGCGUGAGCCCGCAGAUCAUCCACAUCCAGCCAAUGGUAGGCCAGCAGGGUCAGCAGUUCUUCCUGCAGCAGAAUCCCGGGGACCCACCCAUCCAGCUGCUGCUGCAGAGCCCCGCCCCUGUGGUUGGCUCCCUGCUCCCAUUGGUCCACAAGUUAACGGGCCAGCCGACAGCUGCCAAUGCCGCUUCCGGUCCGGCGCAGAAACCCACCAACGCCCCCGUCCGCCUGCAGACUCCUGCCGUCAUCAAGGCCCCGCCCACUUCGGCCUCUAAAACUGUCACCAUCCCCCUCGUCAAGGCCCCGGCUAAUGGCACAGCAACUGUCGCCGUUAAAUGUCCCGUUAAAUCUCCCGCCGUUAUUGCAGCACCUCUGGUCCCGAACACGACCGCCGUGAGCCGGGCGAGCGGCGCGCCGCCAGAGAGGGAAAGAGUGAAGGAGAAAGAGAAGAAAAGCAAAACGAGAGAAAAGAAGGCAGUGAAGGUUCAGACGAGGUCGGGUCGCGUGUCACGACCGCCAAAGUACAAAGCCAAGGACUACAAGUUCAUCAAGAACGAGGACCUGGCCGAGAGCCACCAGUCCGACUCGGACGACUACUCCGAGAUGAGCGUGGAGGAGGAGGAGGGCGAGGAGGGCAAGAAGGAGGCCGCCGCCGCCUCGUCCUCCUCUGCCGUCACCUACAGCCACAAGUCCAGAGCGUUCCGCUGCCAGACCUGCGACAAGGCCUACAUCGGCCACGGCGGCCUGAACAGACACUACAAACUGAACCCCUCCCACGGCGAGCCCGACCCCGCCGGGGGGGCCGAGCCAAAACAGGAGGAGAAAAACAGCAAACCUGCAGCUGCCGCUCCGCAGAAGGUGGAGGCAGGUCCUGCGGCAGCAGUGGGACUCCGGGGCCUCCAUACCCGGGGGCCGGGUCGGCCCCGGGGCCGGGGGAGAGGCAGGGGCCGGGGCAGGGGCAGGGGCCGGGCAGUGGGUCCUCCUCCUAAGGUGGCAGUGGGUGUGGUCAGCAGACGGGGACGCCGGGGCCGACCUCCGAAGCUGGGAGGCGCUGCAGCAUCAGGACAGCAGGCUGAGAGGAGGAGGGAGAGGCUCCAGGAGCUGGUGCAGCAGUGUGAGGAUGAGGAGCUGAUGGAUGUCGUUCUUCCUCGUCUCGCCAAAGCGCUCUCUCUCUGGGAGCUGCUACAGGCCAAGGUGGAGGGCCGGCCGGCGAGGACUCAUUUCCCGGACAUGUACCGUGAGUUUGAGUCCCUGCAGGCGCAGGUGAGGCGCUCGGCUCAGGAUUACAUCAGCACGCCGCAGGGCGUCGGCACGGCGCUGGAGGUCCGAAACAUCGAGGUGGCCAGGUCUCUUGGGAUCUUUGAUGAGGUGAACAAGCUGAAAGUUCUGCCUGGAGCCUCUGGAAGCUCCGCCUCCAAGAAUGUUCGCUACAUGGAGAAUUCCAAGAUGCUGCCGCCGUCCAAGAGAUUCAAGAUGGAGAACAGCGUCCCCGUUCACCAGAAUGGCCUGGAGACGCCCACAGUUGGGAGUCCCGUGACCUCGGUGACCCCCGUGACCCCCGUGACCUCUGUGACACCCGUGACCUCGUCGCUGAGGUCCUGUUCAGUUUCUGUCUCUCCUCUGGACGUCCCAACAGGAUCCAGACUCCCGACCACCACCACGUCCACCUGCAGCUCCUCUAACUCCGCCCCCAUCAAGACGGCCUCCCCCGUGGGCCCGCCGACCAUCACGGCUGUGGAGGAGAGCCAGGAGGCGUCAGGCACUGAGGGCGAGGCGGCGGAGGCGGGGCAGACGGGCGCCACAGAGGACCAGGCGCUGAGCAGCAGUGACAUCACAGCCCAGAUGAAGGAGCUGGAGAAGGCGCUGGGUUCGGAGGCGGUAGCCGAGACACCCGCCCGGACGUCGGCGGGCUGUCCGGCCCAGCAGGGCGAGGCGGGCGAGGCGGCCCAGGCGGCGAGCGGCGAGGCCAGAGAGCUGCAGGAGGGCCAGGAGAUCUACAUCCAGACCGAAGGUCUGACGGUGCAGCUGGCCGAGCCCGGCUCCGACGGCAUCGUCAUCGUCAACGGGCCCGACGGGACCACCAUGCACAUCCGGACCCCGGAGGGCGUCCCCCUGGAGGCCGUGCACGCCCUCCUGGGCAUCGAGGCGUCAGAGAGUCGGGCGCAGCCCUGAGCCGGCGGCACGUUUAUGUACAUACACAGAAUCUAUAAUUUAUAUUCACAUCAGUAAUGGACUGAGCAGAUGAAGUGUUUUUAAACGAGGCCACGGCAGCUCCAGUGUUUCUGUUCAGUGUGACAAUGCGCCGGCACGUUGCCAUGGCAACAACACAACGAGGGGAUCAGUAUCACGUUAUAAUGACAUCUCUCCUCGCUGACAGAUGAUCUGCCUCUAAAACAGUCUGGGUCAAACAUAUGAUGUCAGAUGAGUUUGCGCCGUAAUAAAGAGAAAAGAGGCAGAACCUGAAACCUGAAACUGUUCCCAACCUUGUUCUGUGGUGGCAGCGGGACGCCGCCCGCAGCCUCGGUCCCGUGGCUUUCAGUCCCUUUCUCCUGUCUGAGAUCAGCAACAGGGGGAAGAGCUCUGCCUCCUGUGGCGUCUCCGACACCGGGCACUGAGAAGGGAGUGGCCUCUGCGGCGGGACGCUCGUCGUCUCAGACGGGACAGGGAGGAGACGUGAAUGUAAAAAACUGUCAGUCUUAGUUGUUUCUCCAUCGCCUGAACGAGUCGACUGAGCCUCAGUUUGGUUUUUAAUUUUGAUUUGGUUCAUUUUAUUGACCCUCUGAGGGCAGGAUGACAGGGUCACGUGGAGGAAACGAGCUCCUUCAUGCUGUUGAUGAUCUGGUGGAUUUUAAGGGUUCCUCAGUAUUCUGUACAUUUGUAAAGUUCUUUUUCAGUGUUUUCAUAUUUGAUAGAAUAGCCCUUCAUUUAAGAGACAAAGUGCUUAGUUGGUUGUGAUAUGUUUAUAUGUAGAUAAAUAUGAAAAGAAAGUACAAAAAAGUUGCACUAUUUUAUUACUUUUUAUAAAAACUCCUGGCGUAACAUUUUCCAGACGUGAGCUGAGGUUUGUACGGGACCUGAGAGAAGGAAGUCGUGUUUUAUUCAUUUUGUUCAAACAUUUCAGCAGCAGCUCCUGUUCCUCCAAUAAAACCACCUGAAAACUC